GAACAUGAGCGAAUAUAAUAAUAGUAUGUACCAAUUUCCAUAUAUAUCUUCCAUUCCCAAAAUACACCUCAAUACACCUAAUACCAAAUUGCACAAUUUUAACAUUUUCAUACUUUUUCUCACAAAAAUUUCUUCUCUCUCUCGCUCCGUUCCAGUGAAGAAAUCUUCUUAUUGUUUUUGGGAUUCAUGUCGGAGAAGGGUCGACCACUGCCUAAGUUUGGUGAAUGGGAUGUCAAUGACCCAGCGUCAGCAGAGGGAUUUACUGUGAUUUUCAACAAGGCCAGGGAUGAGAAAAAAACUGGUGGCAAGCCAGAGUCACCUUCAAAGGCUGAUGGUAACACAAAGCAAGGAGAAGAACCAUUAAAGCCUCAAACUAAAAAAUGGUUUUGCUGUAUGCAGAGCCCCCACGCAGAAUCUUGACAAGGUUAUCUGUAAAAGUUGAAUAUAGGAUGCAUAUUCAUAAUGAACCCCGCAACUUCUUUUGGCUUGCUGCUGGAGACUGAGAUGCCGCUUAAGUCCCUUUUGUCUUGUAAACUUGUGGUUAUUGUGGGGACAAAAAUGUGAAAGACAAAAUGUUUGAUGUAUCUAUAAUGUUGUAUCUUUUAUUGUACCAUUGACAGACGAGCAGUCUGCUUGCUUUCAUAUACGUGUGGUUUGUAAAGCAACUUUCAACCGUAAUUUUUUCUGUUAAUUUCAUCA